AUGGAUUUAUUACUUCCACACCCAUCAAACUCAACUCCACUCACUGUCCUUGGCUUCUUAGACCGAGCCGCCUCCGUCUAUGGUGACUGUCCAUCCAUCCUCCCCCCCACAAACACCGUCCACACUUGGUCCGAAACCCACAACCGCUGUCUCCGAAUAGCAUCUGCUCUCACUACCUCUUCCCUUGGCAUCAACCAAGGACAAGUUGUCUCUGUCGUGGGCCCCAACAUCCCAUCCGUCUAUGAGCUUCAGUUCGCUGUCCCAAUGUCCGGAGCCAUCUUAAACAACAUCAACCCUCGCUUAGACGCACAUGCACUCUCUGUCCUCCUACGUCACAGUGAAUCCAAGCUCGUUUUUGUCGACCACAGUUCCAUAUCACUUGUCCUUGAAGCAGUCUCGUUCUUGGGACAACAUGAUAAGCCUCACCUCGUCCUCCUCAACGAUGAUGAUGAUGAUUUUUCCUCUGCUUCAGCCGCAUCAGAUUUUCUUGACACGUACGAAGGGAUCAUGGAGAGAGGAGAUUCAAGAUUCAAGUGGAUCCGUCCACAAACUGAGUGGAAACCGAUGGUGCUUAACUACACUUCAGGAACGACGUCGUCUCCCAAAGGAGUGGUGCUUAGCCACAGAGCAAUUUUCAUGCUCACGGUUAGCUCCUUGCUUGACUGGUCCUUUCCAAACCGUCCGGUUUACCUCUGGACGUUACCGAUGUUCCAUGCUAAUGGUUGGGGGUACACGUGGGGAACCGCUGCCGUUGGAGCCACCAACGUGUGCACACGGAGAGUUGACGCGCCAACUAUAUAUGACUUGAUCGAUAAGCAUAACGUAACUCACAUGUGUGCUGCACCGAUGGUUCUCAACAUGCUCACUAACUACCCUUCCCGUCAACCGCUCAAGAGCCCAGUUCAGGUGAUGACGGCUGGAGCUCCACCUCCUGCAGCCAUCAUCUCUCGAGCAGAAACCCUCGGUUUCAAUGUAGGACACGGGUAUGGUUUAACUGAGACAGGAGGCCCUGUUAUCUCAUGUGCAUGGAAGCCUGAGUGGGACCAUCUUGAUCCCUUGGAGCGAGCUAGACUGAAAUCAAGACAAGGAGUAAGAACCGUUGGCUUUGCUGAAAUGGACGUUAGGGACAAGCAAACAGGUAAAAGCGUGGAGCACGAUGGAGUUUCAGUAGGAGAGAUUGUGUUAAAAGGAGGAUCAGUUAUGCUCGGUUACUACAAAGACCCUGAAGGAACCGCGUCGUGUAUGAGAGAAGACGGAUGGUUCUAUACAGGAGACGUGGGUGUUAUACAUGAAGACGGUUACUUGGAGGUUAAAGAUAGGUCAAAGGAUGUGAUCAUAUGUGGAGGAGAGAACAUAAGCAGCGCGGAGGUUGAGACUGUUCUGUACACUAACCCGGUGGUUAAGGAAGCUGCGGUGGUGGCUAAACCGGAUAAGAUGUGGGGAGAGACACCGUAUGCUUUUGUGAGUUUGAAGUAUGGUAAUAAUGGUGAUGGGUUGGUGACUGAGAGGGAGAUAAGGGAGUUUUGUAAGACGAAGUUACCUAAGUAUAUGGUUCCUAGGAAAGUGAUUUUUCAGGAGGAGCUUCCAAAGACUUCUACUGGUAAAAUUCAGAAGUUUCUUCUUAGACAAAUGGCUAAGUCCUUGCCUUGA